CUAUAUUAAAUGUCAAAUGUUUUGAAAGAGGUUAUGUUAUGUGAAUGUUUAUUUUACCCCAAUAAAUAUCUAGAUAGAGAUUGAAAUGUUAUACAAAAAAUAAUAUAAAUCUAUGAAAAUGAUUUCUUUACAAAGUAUACAACGUUUUGUUAGGGUUAUUAGCAACACGUCUUAUCAAAAGUGCCGAUGUUAUUCAGAUGCUACACGUCUCAUUGCAAGGAAAGAUAAAUUAAGAGCAGGUCCAGAUUUAAAGGAUUUUAUAGUUGGUAGCUCUGAGCCCAUUUUAUUAGAUCGUCCUCAUAUACCUUAUCUGCCUGAUGAUGUUCCUACGACUGCGAAACGGAAGGUUUUCUUUGAUGUGUAUGGAUGUCAGAUGAACUUGAAUGAUACGGAGAUAGUGUGGUCUAUCUUGAAGAAUGAGGGUUUUGAGAAGGCAGAGGUGGAAGAUGAGGCCGACAUCUUCCUCGUAAUGACAUGUGCAAUCAGAGAAGGCGCAGAGACUAAGAUCUGGCAUCGUUUGGAUCACCUGAGAGGGUUCAAGAGACGCCGCGCUGCGAAGAGUAAAGAUAGACCAGUAAAAAUCGGAAUCUUAGGCUGCAUGGCGGAGAGGUUAAAACAGAAGCUUAUUGAAAAAGAAAAAGCAGUUGAUGUAGUGGCAGGUCCAGACAGCUACCGGGAUUUGCCCCGUCUCCUGGCUCUGACCAGCAGUGGACAGACGGCCGUCAAUGUGCUGCUCUCUCUAGAUGAGACAUAUGCAGAUGUGGUGCCAGUACGACUGAACCAGGACAGUGUCUCUGCAUUUAUCUCAAUAAUGCGCGGCUGCGACAACAUGUGCACCUACUGCAUUGUCCCCUUCACGCGCGGGCGUGAGCGGUCACGACCCGCACGCUCCAUCGUGGAGGAGGUGCGGCAGCUGGCUGCGCAGGGUGUGAAGGAGAUCACGCUGCUCGGGCAGAAUGUGAACAGCUACCGGGAUAUCUCCAACCACGGGGAGAAUCAGGAUACGCAGCUGGCUAAAGGAUUCAAAACCGUGUAUAAGGCGAAAAAGGGUGGUCUCAGGUUCGCCGAUCUGCUGGACAAAGUCUCCGCCGUCGAUCCUGAAAUGAGGAUCCGGUUCACCGCCGCUCACCCCAAGGAUUUUCCUGACGAGGUGCUCCAGAUAGUCAGUGAGCGGCCCAAUAUUUGCAAGAUGCUGCACCUGCCCGCGCAGUCGGGCUCCAGCACCGUGCUGGAGCGCAUGCGCCGCGGGUACACCAGGGAGGCCUACCUGCAGCUGGUGCAACACGUGCGCGCGACUGUACCUGGAGUGGGUCUAUCAACGGACAUGAUCUGCGGGUUCUGCGGCGAGACUGAGGAGGACUUCCAGCAGACGCUGUCACUACUGGAGACAGUGGACUACAAUGUUGCCUUCCUCUUCCCAUACAGCAUGCGAGAGAAAACGACAGCCUACCACCGCUACACGGACGACGUGCCGGAACACGUAAAAAAAGAACGCCACAACAGAAUGAUAGACAUAUAUCGUCGCAAGAGCCAGCGUCUAAACGAGGCAGAGAUCGGGAACACUCAUCUGGUCCUAGUUGAAGGAAUUGUCAAAAAAACUGGACAAUUAUUAGGUAGAAACGAACUUUACAUCAAAGUUGUUUUCGACCAGGGUGAAAUAUUAUCCGAAGAUGGGGGAAAAAGAGGAAUAAAACCAGGAGAUUAUGUCGCCGUUAAAAUCGUAGCAGCGAGGGCGUCGGUGCUAAAUGGGAUACCUUUGUAUCAUACGAGCAUUAAAGAAUUCUAUAGAGAGGUCAGUUGGGGCGACCGAAACGUUUUAAACAAGCUUCCAACUAUAUCUCAAUUGGGGUAGUCAGAAGUACAUCCAUCGCAAGAAGAACUAAGUACCCACACCACACCGAGCUUUCUGUUAGACCAACGUGAUAGGUGGUUAGUAUCGCUGUCUAUAAAGGUCGAGCCAACUGUGUGAAAUGUUUUAAAAAGGUGUAAAUAAGCGCUUAUGUAGAUAUGUAUAGUGUUGUUAUUAGUAAAUAAA